UGUGAUCCUAACCAACCCCAGGCAUUUAAGCUUUUAGGUUUUUUGGUUCUUCAAUUUUCAUUCAACUUUCCCUCUUCUAUCCGACAUCAGCAAUAUCAGUCAGUUUAAUCUUUUGCUGUUCAAAGUUAAACUUGUUCAUUACAAGUCUUGCACAGAAAACUCAGAAAUAUGUCGAGUGGCACUGGUCUUGAGUCACUCGUUGAUCAAACAAUUUCAGUUAUCACAAAUGAUGGACGGAAUAUUGUGGGAGUCUUGAAAGGCUUUGACCAGUCUACUAAUAUCAUUCUCGAUGAAUCUCAUGAACGUGUUUUCUCUACAAAGGAGGGUGUUCAGCAACUCGUGUUGGGGUUAUAUAUAAUCAGAGGUGACAACAUAAGCAUUGUUGGGGAAUUAGAUGCAGAUCUUGAUUCUACUGUUGAGUGGUCAAAGAUGAGAGCUUAUCCCCUCAAGCCUGUCAUCCACUGAUUCAGCAUGAAAAUCAGAGCGGUUGUAGACUCGAUGAAUUGUGACCUACCAAAUAAAUGUUGUGGCAUAUAGGUAUACAAGGAUGAGAUUCUGUAUUGUUAUGUUCAUGCAUAAUAGGUUUCAAAAGUGUUUCCUAAUCAUAUCAUUUUCUGAAACACCGAUGUAAUCAAACAGAAUUAUUAGCAAAAAUCUUACAAUUUGCGACCUUUUUA